AGGUUGAAAUCUCGUGAUUGGUGUGAACGAUGUUUAGUGGUUAGAGUAAGCGUGGUGGGAAGGAUAGGGAAGGGAAGGAGUGGGGAGGGAAAGAAGACCGAUAGGGCGCCACCUAUCGUCAACGGAGAAGAGUCAGUAGCAGGCAAGAUGGCCGAGCGGUGGUGACGGGUCGAGGAAUGCACGGCUGGAGAAUUCGCGAUCUCGGCUUAGCGCGGAUGGCCUAGCGAUGGCCGAAUUCAACAUCGACAUCGGCAAGCUCCCGGAGGACGUUAGGGAGAAACUCGCCGAGCUGGAUCUCGAGCUUUCGGAGGUCCGUACGAAGAAUGAUUUUGAUCGAGAGAGAAGGAAGAAGAAGGAGGAGGCGAGGCACGGAAUCGAAAAAGGAAAGCCACGGUGAUUCGCGACUGGAAGACCUCGGCGUUGCACCUUAGGAUCGCAGAAACGCUGUGUGUACGAGCGUUGAGAAGGGUAUCCGGAGGAAAGAGGAGGGGAAGAGGUUGGAGAAAAGGACGAAGUAAAGAGAGAGGAGGAGGAGGAGGAGGAGGAGGAGGACGUCGAAGACGAGGACGAGUAGGAAGAAGGAAGAAGAAGAAGAAGAAGAAGAAGAAGAAGAAGAAGAAGAAGGACUCGUUGCGCUUAGGGCAAGUAACGUCUCUUGUCCAAAGGGAUGCCGAUAGUCGAAGGGGGAAGAUCGGUGUUCGAUAAUAGAACUCCGCGAGGAAGUGUUGGCUUUGCGUAAGAAAUAGACGCAACCCAUGAGGCCACUCUCCUUCGAGAACCUUAGGAGGCUCGUGAGCCGUAAGAAGGAUAGAAACGAGCCCUCCUUCAAACGUAGCGAGUCGUUUAAAAGGAUAUCGAUAAGGAAAAGUUAUCUCGAUCGUGGUAAACGACGUAACAAGUUACAAAAGAAUCUUGAACCGGUGAUAACAGCUCAGCCGGUGGUUGUAGUGUCAGCACCAGCUACUACGAGCGUGCCGGAUCAGCAAGAAAAGACACAAGCGACGAGGAUCAAGAUCAAGGAGCAAGAGAUUAGAAGACAACAGGAAAACGUAUCCCUCAGUCGUGAGUCUAUCAGUUACGACGAAUGGUUGCAAGGCGUUGGCUCCUCUUCUCGUGAGAAACUUCAAGAAAAACUAUUGGUCCAAGAGCAAACAGGCAAAUCGUCGACCAAAGUUACGACCAAACUGAUUCAAGAUCGUCGAUCGAGCAACGAUCUAACCGACGAUUUAAACUCAGCGAUCUUGUCAUUGAAACCGUUCGGUCCUACUACGAACGACGAGGAUGGCUGGAUUUAUUCUGAGAAAAAUCUUCACCAACAUGAUAAUCCUGGACAAACGCGUGAAACACCUUGUGUACCUCUUGAAACUGGACCGCCCAGUGUCAGCAUCAGUCUUGGACGAGUUUGGAGAGACGCCGUACCGGUACCUUAUCCUUCCUCUUCCGGGCCCUCCGUUCAUCAUUCGUUGGACAGUGCAUUGAAAGAACGGAAACCGUCACAACCCACGGUUGCUAGAACCGUCUCGGCCCCGGAAAAAACCAUCGUCAAGGACAACGCAUCAUCCUCGUCGUCGUUCGGCUUCUCGCUUAGGAUCGGCAAGCUGGCUGACUUCAGGGCAGGGAGCACGAGGAACGGAUUCUUCCGACGAAAAACGUCUAAGCCAUCACCGAGCGUCAGUACCGAAGGUUAUUUCAAGAGGACAAGCGGCCAAAGGAGAUCGAGUUCGAGAAGGCGAGGAAAGAGGACGACGUCGUCGCAACGUGCGACCUCACAGAGGACAUCUCAAAGGACAAAGAAAAAGAAUGAUCAACAGCCGGUUGUUCGUGAGAACAGUCCGGUAUGGUUCGUGCCACCGGAAAGGAGACGUUCGAGACGUCAGAGACGAGUUUGGCGAGAGAUUCGUUAUUUUCCUGAAGAGGAGGAGGACGAGGAAGAGGAAGCAACAGCAACAACAGCGUUGGUUAUCGAAAAAUACGACGAUUAUUCGUCGAAUUUCUCGGAUGAUCAAUUCGACGAUCAGAAAUUGUUGCUAUCUGGCGAUUUUAAUGAGAGAAGAGACGACGCAUUCAAUUCUCUCGUUUCUUCGUCGUUAGGUUCUUUUUCGGUGACGUCAUCGUCCUCCUCGGUUUGUCCAGCACCAAAAAUCAGCGAUUUCAACGAGGACAAAUUAUUCUCCGAGGAAUUGAGGAAUCGUGGUUUACUCGGUAGAAGAACCAUUUGGAAAAACACAACAACGUCGCCUUUCGUAACAACAGAAAAUUAUUUUACCAGCAGUCAAUUUAUUAAUUUCCUCGCAAAGAGUUCGUCAGAUCGUAACACCAAAGAAAGAUCCAGAAAGGAUAGUAAUUCCUAUUACAGAUAUCUGAGCUCCAGCGAGAGCGAUAACGAAUCUUCUCGGCGCGAUCUCCUCGACGAUGAUCGUCUCUCUCAACGUCAGCAACAUCUUAAACGACAAAAAUCCGGACCGAGAAGACGACCUUUACGAAGAAAAUCGCAACUCCGCCGAGCAUCUGGCCAGCCCGUUUUUCUUGUUCGCAAAUGCUCGUCCUUGAGAAAACGACCCAGAGACAUAACGCAAAAGGGCUAUGAAAAGAAACGGACUCGUCUACUACAGCAAUAUGCUUCUAAACAACUCGGGGCUGGAAAUGGCGGCAUUGCUGGCAGUGGCGACAUUGGUAGUGGUGGAGGAGGUGGAGGGAGUAUCGGUGGUGGUGGUGGAGGACUCGAAAGGACAAGUUAUGGAAGCAGCGGUGGUGGUAUCGGUGUUGGUGGUGGUGUUGGUGUUGGUGUUGGUGUUGGUGGUGGCGGUGGCGGUGGCGGCGGACGACCACAGCCACGUGCACGACGCACGCAACGUCGUGUCACGCACAACGAGAAACGCUAUCAUUCAGGAGGUCGGCUAAUACCUGGUGGGAUCGCCAGUCCUCCGGGAUCUGGCGGCUCAACCGGAAACACCGGGAACUCAAACUCGGCUGCUGCGAGACGCGGUAAUCGCAGACUUACGCGCAAUGAGAGCCGCUAUCAUUCCGAGGUACGUCAGGAGGCGGUACAACAAGCCCUGGCAGCUAUGCAAGGUCGGCCGAAACCUUCCUUGCCAAUGCCAUCGAAGAGAACUUCCGUCAUGGCUAGAAGUCCUGAACGAGAACGUCGCGAUAGCGGAGAAUCUAGUAGCGAUGAGGAUAGUGUCGUAACGGAAGAGAGUCCUGGUGCUGGUGGUCCAACUGGUACUGGCUUAUCAGACACUAGCAGUACCGGCUCGGCACGUGAUACACCACCACCACCAAGACCACCGGCAAGGAGGCCACCUGGUGCCGACAUUACUGACAUCGCCGAAUAUACGCCUCAUGCUUACUGUAACAUACAACCACCGGACGUAACACACACGGGCAGUACGCCAACGGCACAACAGUCGACGAGACGGCCUGGUGCCGAUCGUGUCAAUCGUUACCACGUAGUCGAGGAUCAGAAUAAUACUGGAACAACUGGUCGUUGGAAAGUAUCAGCAAAAAUUCAACAGUUAUUGAAUACGUUAAAACGGCCAAAGAGACGGCCACUUCCAGAAUUUUACGAAGACGACGAUAUAGAGCUCGAGAUAGCCGCCAAUCCAAAAGAUCCGAAUGCACCAAAACCGGAAGGUGGUUCGAUGACGUCUGCGAUCGGUGAGCCACUGUCCGUGCCGUCAGGCCUGCCUAGAUCGCUCGAAGCCGCUAUUCAAAGGUAUGGCUCAGCAAGUUACAAAGCACCCGUCGCAACCGUUCUAGAUCCUAACGGCAAACUCUGUAUCACAUUGACAUAUGGAAAACUUUUAAGUCGUUCUCAUAAAAUAGCCUAUACACUUUUAAACAAGGCUCUAAGUCGUGGCGGUGAUUGUUGUCUCAAGCCUGGAGAUAGAAUCGCUUUGGUAUAUCCGAACAACGAUCCGAUAAGUUUCAUGUGUGCAUUUUACGGUUGCCUUCAAGCUGGUAUCGUGCCUGUACCCAUCGAGGUACCAUUGACACGUCGAGACGCAGGUUCCCAACAGAUUGGUUUUCUUCUUGGUAGUUGUGAAAUACAGGUGGCCCUAACCAGCGAGGCUUGUCUCAAAGGUUUACCAAAGACAGCGGCUGGCGAAGUUGUAGCUUUCAAGGGUUGGCCAAAAUUACAUUGGUUCGUUACAGAACAUUUAGGUAAAACUCCAAAAGAUUGGUUACCACCUCCACGUCUAACCGACGAUACACCAGCGUACAUCGAGUAUACAACGGUGAAGGAUGGAUCGGUGAUGGGUGUGACAGUGACAAGAUCAGCGAUGCUUGCUCAUUGUCGUGCUCUGACUCAAGCAUGCGGUUAUACCGAAGGAGAAAAUGCCGUUUGUGUGUUAGAUUUUAAACGCGAAGUUGGCCUCUGGCAUAGCACUCUCACUAGCGUAUUAAAUGGGAUGCACGUUAUAUUUAUACCUUAUGCCUUGAUGAAGGUCAAUCCAGCCAGUUGGAUGCAAAUGAUAACGAAACAUCGAGCUAGCGUGGCUGUUGUUAAAUCACGAGAUCUUCAUUGGGGUUUAUUAGCGACCAAAGAUCACAAGGAUAUAUCGUUAUCUUCAUUAAGGUUGCUACUAGUCGCUGACGGUGCCAAUCCUUGGUCCCUUUCCUCUUGUGAUCAAUUUCUUUCGGUGUUCCAAUCGAAGGGUUUGAGACCAGACGCUGUAUGUCCUUGCGCAUCCUCUAGCGAAGCUCUUACGGUUUCCGUCAGAAGACCUGGUCGAGCAGGAGUAAAUGCUACAGGACGUGGCGUCCUUUCUAUGUCGGGAUUAAGCUACGGUGUUGUUAGGGUAGAUCAAGAAAAUUCAUUGACUUCUCUGACGUUACAAGAUUGUGGUCAAGUUAUGCCAGGAAGUAUCGUAGUGGUAGUUAAGAUGGAAGGAAAGCCAUACAUUUGUAAAACCGAUGAAGUUGGUGAAAUAUGCGUGCAUAGUGCUGCAACUGGUAGCCAAUAUUGGGGACUACAAGGAUUAACAAACAAUACUUUCAAAGUAUCACCUUUACAAGCGGAUAGUACUCCAUUAGGCGACGUAGAAUAUACACGAUCGGGUUUGUUAGGAUUUCUCGGCCCUGGUGGUUUGGUAUUCGUUUGUGGAUCUCGCGAUGGUCUUAUGACUGUGACAGGAAGGAAACAUAAUGCGGACGACAUAAUAGCCACCGUAUUAGCGGUGGAACCAAUGAAAUUCAUUUAUCGUGGUAGAAUCGCUGUCUUCAGCGUAAGAGUUUUGAGAGACGAAAGGAUAUGUGUCGUUGCUGAGCAACGGCCUGAUUGUAGCGAGGAAGAGAGUUUUCAAUGGAUGUCACGUGUUUUGCAAGCGGUCGAUUCAAUUCACGCAGUUGGAAUUUAUUGUCUUGCAUUAGUUCCACCUAAUUAUCUACCAAAAACACCACUUGGGGGUAUUCACCUGUCCGAAACUAAAAGACGUUUUCUAGAAGGUGCACUACAUCCAGCUAAUGUCCUGCUCUGCCCCCACACUUGUGUUACCAACUUACCAAAACCGCGUGAAGUGCAUUCGGCGGGGGAUUCUGUUGCAGACGUUGGUCCGGCGAGCGUAAUGGUUGGCAACAUCGUUCAAGGAAAUAGACUGGCCUCUGCUCAAGGACGUGACAUGGGUGUUUUAGACGAGGAUAGCGAUAACGCUAAGAAGUACCAAUUCAUCUCGGAGAUUUUACGUUGGCGCGCUGUCAGUACGUCCGAUCACGUCAUCUUUACAUCCCUCAAUGCCAAAGGAGCAGUUGCAACUUCGCUAUCGUGUUCUCAAUUACACAAGAAAGCAGAACGCAUCGGGAAUCUUCUUUUGGAUCGUGGAAGAAUCAACACCGGGGAUCACGUCGCAUUGAUAUUUCCACCAGGAACAGAUUUGAUAUGUGCUUUUUAUGGUUGUCUUUAUGUCGGUGCUGUCCCUGUUACGAUCAGGCCUCCACAUCCUCAAAAUCUACAAACAACUUUACCAACCGUACGCAUGAUCGUCGAUGUCAGUAAAUCGGUACUGGUACUGACCAAUCAAAACAUUAUGAAACUUCUAAAGACGAAAGAAGCUAAUAAUGUUAUCGAAGUGAAAAGUUGGCCAACGAUUCUUGAUAUGGAUGACAUGCCAAAGAAGAAGCUUCCCGUUAUGUAUCGAGCUCCUACAGCGGAAAUGUUGGCUUACUUGGAUUUUAGCGUCUCCACUACGGGCAUGUUGGCUGGCAUUAAAAUGUCUCACGCAGCAGUAACGUCGUUGUGCCGUGCUAUGAAACUUGCAUGCGAAUUGUAUCCUUCGAGACAUAUUGCUCUAUGUUUAGAUCCUUACUCCGGUCUUGGAUUUGCUCUUUGGUGUUUAAGCAGUAUAUACAGCGGACAUCAUUCCAUUUUAAUACCACCCUCCGAGGUGGAAGCAAAUCCAGCUCUUUGGUUGUCAGCUGUUAGCCAGUCUAGAGUAAGGGAUACAUUUUGCUCUUACGGGGUUAUGGAGUUGUGCACAAAAGGCUUGGGUUCCUCGGUUCAUGCUCUAAAAGCACGUGGCGUUAGUUUAGCCUGCGUAAGAACCUGCGUCGUAGUCGCGGAGGAGAGACCACGAAUAGCUUUGACUACGAGCUUCAGUAAAUUAUUCUCCGCUCUUGGAUUAAGUCCACGUGCGGUCUCAACGUCAUUCGGAUGUAGAGUUAAUACUGCCAUUUGUCUUCAGGGAGCGUCUAGUCCAGAACCAUCAACGGUAUACGUGGACUUACGAGCAUUACGUAACGACCGUGUUUCCCUCGUCGAAAGAGGCAGUCCACAUUCUCUCUGUCUAAUGGAAUCCGGAAAAUUGUUACCUGGUGUCAAAGUUAUCAUAGCCAAUCCAGAAACGAAAGGGCAAUGCGGCGAUUCUCAUCUAGGAGAAAUAUGGGUUCAAUCGGCUCACAAUGCCAGCGGUUAUUUCACGAUUUAUGGGGAUGAAACUGAUUAUGCCGAUCAUUUCAAUGCACGCCUUGUAACAGGAAAUACCAAUGAGGUUUAUGCCAGGACCGGUUAUCUCGGUUUUCUUCGACGGACUGAAAGCGUUCAACAGUCUGUUAUUAGUGAUGUUCCCGGUGAUACUUCUGCAUCCGAAGCUGAUCUUGUUCCCGGUGACGCCGAAUUACAUGACGCUGUUUUCGUGGUCGGUGCACUCGACGAAGCCAUUUUACUUAGGGGCAUGCGAUAUCAUCCAAUUGACAUUGAAAACAGUGUUAUGAGAUGUCAUAAAAAAAUCGCCGAAUGCGCCGUGUUUACGUGGACUAACCUGUUAGUAGUAGUGGUCGAGCUCGAUGGAAGUGAAAGUGAAGCUCUCGAUUUAGUGGCAUUAGUUACUAGCGCUGUUUUGGAAGAACAUCAUUUGGUAGUAGGCGUCGUUGUAGUAGUUGAUCCUGGUGUAGUUCCAAUCAACUCCAGAGGUGAGAAACAACGGAUGCAUUUGCGCGAUGGAUUUCUUGCCGAUCAACUUGAUCCGAUUUAUGUAGCCUAUAAUAUGUGAACGCUGUGCAACA